UAGAAAGAGCGAGAGAGAGCGCACACCUCUACUAGAGAGCGAACCUCUGGAGUAUCUCCACGAGUGUGUUUGUGUGUGUGUGUGUGUGGUUCGUUUCUCUCAGCGGGCGAAAAACGAGCGCGAAAUGUGACUGCUCCAUCAGAAAGCAACAAGUUUUUGCCGAGUUCGGAGGGUUUAUGUUUUGAUUUUGGCUGCCCAGUUCCUCCUCCCCUCCAGAGUGACAGCUGACGACGCGGGUGUGCCAUCGUCUCGGUUUCGCUCCCGGUUUUUUUGUUGCCUUUUUUAUGUGUGCGUUAUAGGAUAGUGUUUGCACAGGCGGUGUUGGUGCUGCUGGAGGGGGUCGGUGUUGGUGGAAGUGUGCAUGCGUGCAACCGGAACCGGGAAGAAAGGGCCGAACAAGCAACACAGCGUGUGUGUGAGAGAGAGAGUGUGAAGUAACCCGUAAGAUAGCACAGCAAAGGAAGCUUCCAAGAAUCGGUGGAACGGAAACCGCAAAUCGACGAAACACCAGUGUGCAACAAAACAAAAUGUCCGGACCCGGGUCGUUAGUUGGAUCGGAUGAGGAGGAGCAAACGAAUUACCACACACCGGAUGAAACCGGCCUAACGAAAUCGCAAAAGGUGGCCCUGAUCGCGGCCUGGAGCAUCGUCAAGAAGGAUCUGGUUACGCACGGACGCAACAUCUUCGUAAUGUUCUUCGAGGAGUACCCACAGUAUCUGGACUACUUUGACUUUGGCGGUGGAAGUGCCGGCGAGCUCGGCGAGAACCGGUCCCUCCAUGCGCACGCACUGAACGUGAUGAACUUUAUCGGCACCCUCAUCGACUACGGACUGAACGAUCCCGCCCUGCUCAAGUGUAGCCUAGCGAAGCUGGUGCGGAACCAUCGGAAGCGUAACGUCACCAAGGAGGAUGUCGCGGCCGUCGGUGGAGUUAUCAUGCGCUACAGCUUGAAGGCGCUCGAGCAGCAUAAAACGAAAACGCUCGAGGAAGCGUUCGGCGCGUUCCUGGGGACGGUUGCGGCCGCGUUCGAGUGAGCUCCGAGGUGUUCAGCGUCCUCAUCUUUAUCCCCAUCCCCACCUCAUCAUUUCCAUCCACAUCAGCAUCAUCAGUCAGUGUAUGUUAGAGGCUGCCGCGAACAGAACAAACAGUAGGAUCCGACCGAGACCGGAAACCCCAUUCCGGGGCAGAGAUUAUCUUGGCUAGCGGUCGGGGUCACGUCCUUUUUAAGCUCUGCUAUAACAACCAGAACAAAAAACACACACUCUCUCUCUGUCUCGCUCUCUAUUUCUAGCAGAAAACACAUUCCUACGUGACGAGUCGUGUGUGAGAGGCUUUUUAUGAUCAGAGUAGAAUAAAAAUUUGAGUAUAGUAAACUG